AUGUCACUCUACUACGAAGCCGCGGCGGUCCUCGCGAAUUCAGAGAACACGGGCGGAUCUUUGAAGUCGCGAAUAUACAAUAAGAAGGAUCUGAAAAGCACACCAGGCCAAUUAUUUGCGCUCAUUGCGGAAACUUCAAAAUGGUCCAUUGUGCUCAAGGAUGUGAUUGAGAAGACCAAGUUGCUUUCAGAGGAGAGGAAGCUUACUCCAAUACUCGCUCUCCUUCUUACACACGACCUAUUGCUUGCGAAGAAUGGCGUUGCCGCAGCCGCCAACCAUGUUCUUAAACUCGCCAUCACUCGACACAAAGCUCGUCUAAGCGCCGAGCUUACAAAAUCCCGCAUACGAUACGGAUACGCGACUAUAGAGGCUUUCAGAGAGGCUAUAAACGACGGCGAGCUUGAAAAGGACGAAGGCGAUGCGCCCAAGAGCCGCCAUCCACGCUGGGUACGCGUCAACACCGUAAAGACGACUUUACAGCACCAGCUGUCGACGACGUUUGCUGGAUUUGUGAAGACGGAAGACCUGAGCGAAGUACUGUCCGCGCCUAAGAAGUCGAAAAUAUACUACGAAGACCCGAACAUACCCAACUUACUCGCUUUACCCUCUAGAAUUGAUCUGAGCAGGUCAAUCGCAUAUACCAAGGGCCAGAUUAUAUUUCAGGAUAAAGCUUCGUGCUUCCCCGCCUAUCUGCUAGACCCGCAGCCUGAUGAUGGCGAUGUCAUCGAUGCCACGGCAGCACCAGGAAACAAGACAACACAUCUAGCGGCAAUUGUAUCCGACCGAAGGCGACCCGGUGAAGAGCAGAAGGUUAUAGCGUUCGAGCGCGACAAGGGCAGAACAUUUACAUUGCAGAAGAUGGUCAAGCUCGCAUCAGCAGACAGCAUCGUCCGGGUCAAGGGCAGUAGUGAUUUUAUCGCUGCUAAGCCUGGGUCUGACGAAUAUGCCAAUGUGGGUGCUAUACUGCUCGAUCCUAGCUGUUCCGGUACCGGUAUAGUUGGGCGUGACGACGCCAUCAAAAUGCAUCUACCGGAAGCACCAACCAGUCGGCCAGCCGCGCCAAAGCCCGAGAAGAAAGAUAAAAAGCGGAAGCGAGAUGAUGAACACAGUAAAGCUGAAGCUUCGGCAACCCUGAACUUGGACAUGGAUGACUCAACACCCGAAGAGACAGACACAUCAAUGCAGGGCAAGCUUCCUGAGCGGCUGGCAGCUCUAUCGUCCUUCCAACUCCACAUACUCACCCAUGCUAUGCAGUUUGAGAGUGCACACAAAAUCACCUACUCCACCUGCUCAAUUCACUUCGAAGAAAACGAGGGUGUUGUCUUCCGAGCAUUGGCAUCUUCUGUGGCAAAAGAACAGGGGUGGUCGAUCCUCAAAAGAGAUGCUCAAGUUGAUGGAAUGAAGAGGUGGCAUAGACGAGGAGUUUGGGAGGAUGGAAAACUGGCAAACGAUGUCGAUGAACCCUCGAAGCGUGAUGUACUAGAAGCUUGCAUUCGGUGCGAUAAAGGUACUGAGGAAGGUACGAUGGGUUUCUUCGUUGCGGCCUUUGUUCGAGAUGGCAGUGGGGAGUCGACACGAGUUACCGAAACUGUGGUUGCUGAAGAUGAGGAAUGGAAUGGGUUUAGUGGUGAUGAAAAGGUUGAAGAGGUGGUAGAACCUGUAAAGACGGCGACAGCGGAAGGGUCGGAGAAACGGAAGAAGAAGAAGCGCAAACACUGA